AUGGGUAAUCGCCAAGCAGCGCCAAGUUGGGCCCAGAAUACCUGGAAUAACCCCCAUGGCUGCCCAUGGGCCACACGUCUGCAGCUGCAGUGCCGCCGUGGUGCUGCUGUGGCUCGAAUCAACAUUGGCGGCGGGCCAGGGCUGUCAGAGUGGUAUGCCAAGCUCUGUGUUGACGAGGAGGAUGUCAAUCCGCUCUCAUCCAUGGAUCCUACCUUUACCUGGCUCAUCCUGGAACGCAACAACAUCAACUACAUCAUACCCAGCAUGGCUAGCAACGCAGGGUCUGAGUGGGAGAAUGCCACAACGGUGAUCGCAGAGAAUACGACUACGAUGGCCACCGACGAGAAGGACAAUGGCCCAUCCAAGCAUGUCAAGUUCCACCUGGACCUCAACGAUGCCCUCACGCCCGACCCUGGCACGGAGGACAUGUUCAGAACCAUGAAAAACAAGUUCGCCUUCUCUCCUGGUCAGCUUUCCAAGCUGCUAAACCCCAAGAGCCUCAAUGCCUUCUACGCAAUGGGCGGCUUGGCUGGGCUGGAGAAGGGCCUGCGCUCCGAUAUCAAAAGCGGGCUUAGCGUUGACGAAGACAUUCUCGAUGGCGCAGUGGCUUUCGAGGAUGUUGCGACCAAAGGUGCGCCGAAGUAUGGGGCCCUCGGAAACAAUGUACCGGAGCCGAGCGAGGAGAAAUCGGCAGCUGCCGCAUCUGGUGCACACCAGGCGGCGACCCACGGCUUCUCCGAUCGACAGGACGUCUUUAACGACAACAGACUGCCCGAGAAGAAGAGCAAAUCACUGCUGGAACUCGCUUGGUUGGCAUACAAUGACAAGGUCCUGAUCCUACUCACUAUCGCGGCGAUUGUGUCCUUGGCACUCGGUCUCUAUCAGACCUUUGGCACUCCUCAUGAGCCUGGCGAGGCCAAGGUCGAAUGGGUAGAGGGUGUGGCUAUCAUUGUGGCAAUUCUGAUUGUCGUGGUGGUAGGCACCCUCAACGACUUUCAGAUGGAACGGCAAUUCAACAAGCUCAACAAGAAACACAAUGACCGUACGGUAAAGGUGAUCCGCUCUGGCAAGUCGCAAGAAAUUUCGGUGUUCGACGUAAUGGUCGGUGACGUAAUGCACCUAACGACUGGCGACAUGAUUCCUGUCGACGGCAUCUUCAUUGACGGGUACGGUGUCAAAUGCGACGAGUCUUCUGCGACUGGCGAAUCGGACCUCCUCAAGAAGGUCCCCGGCAACGACGUAUUCGCUGCCUUGACUGGUGCAGCCGAAGCUGGCAAGGACCAGCCAGAACUGGAAAAGCUGGACCCAUUCAUCAUUUCCGGAAGCAAAGUCCAGGAGGGAACGGGAACCUUCCUCGUUACUGCUGUCGGUGUCAACUCGAGCUACGGACGAACCGCAAUGGCCCUCCGUACAGAACAGGAAGACACCCCACUACAGAAGAAGCUGAACAUACUGGCUGACUGGAUCGCAAAAUUUGGUGCUGGUGCUGCGCUUAUCCUUUUUAUCGUCCUGUUCAUCAAGUUUCUGGCAGCUUUGCCUGGGAAUGACGCAUCCCCAUCGGAAAAAGGCCAGCAAUUUCUCACCCUGUUGAUUGUCUCGGUAACGGUGGUUGUGGUAGCUGUGCCCGAAGGACUUCCCCUGGCAGUGACGCUCGCUCUCGCUUUCGCGACUACACGCAUGAUGAAAGACAACAACCUUGUGAGAGUUCUGAAGGCAUGCGAAACGAUGGGCAAUGCAACAACCGUUUGCUCAGACAAGACCGGCACCCUAACCCAAAACAAAAUGACUGUGGUUGCUUGCACCCUUGGAAGUUGCAACAGCUUUGGUGGGACGGAUCCACCACUCGAUGACACAGAGAAGAGCGAUGCUCCUGAUGAGGUUGUUGAGACUGUUGCCAAUGUUCCCGUCAACGACUUCGUGGCUUCCCUGGGAGAUGAGACAAAGAAACUUCUAAUCCAGUCGAACGCAGUCAACUCGACGGCUUUCGAGGGUGAACAAGACGGAGAGCAGACAUUCAUCGGCUCGAAGACUGAGGUUGCUCUGUUGACUUUUUCGCGGGAUCAUCUCGGUGCUGGGCCAGUCCAGGAAGAACGCUCGAAUGCCAAUAUUGUGCAAGUCCUACCAUUCGACUCCGCGAAUAAGUACAUGGCAAGUGUUGUGAAGCUUCCGGAUGGAAAAUAUCGAGUAUAUGCCAAAGGUGCCUCAGAAAUUCUCGUCAAGAAAUGCGGUCGCAUUCUAGCCGAUACCGAGUCCGCCACUAGUGUCGAGAUGAAGGAUUCGGUGCGCCAAUCUAUUCUCAAUACUAUCACAUCGUACGCCGGCCAGACACUGCGGACUAUUGCAUCCUCUUACCGAGACUUUGAGUCGUGGCCACCGGCAGGCAUGGAAUCCAAGGACGAUCCUCGAGCUGCCGAUUGGAGCAAGGUCCACGAAGACAUGACUCUCGUGGCUAUUUUCGGCAUCAAAGAUCCUCUCCGUCCCUCUGUCAAGGACGCUAUCAAGGACUGUCAGCGUGCUGGGGUCAUAGUUCGUAUGGUUACGGGCGAUAAUAUACUCACAGGUUGCGCAAUUGCACGCGAAUGUGGCAUAUACCACCCCGAAGAUGGUGGCAUCGCUAUGGAAGGUCCAGAAUUUCGCCGGAAGGACGAGAAGGAACUCAAGGAGCUCGUUCCCAAGCUACAGGUUCUUGCGCGUUCGAGUCCCGAGGACAAGCGUAUCCUGGUCCGCACCCUCAAGGAGCUAGGGGAGACGGUCGCGGUCACUGGUGACGGCACAAAUGAUGCUCCUGCUCUGAAGAUGGCCGACAUCGGUUUCAGUAUGGGAAUUGCGGGCACCGAAGUUGCCAAGGAAGCAUCUGCUAUUAUUCUUAUGGACGACAACUUUGCUUCGAUUGUGAAGGGUAUGAUGUGGGGACGCGCAGUCAACGACUCCGUCAAGAAGUUUCUGCAAUUUCAACUUACCGUCAACGUUACUGCUGUUGUCCUUACGUUUGUAUCGGCUGUCGCUUCGGCUGAGGAAGAAUCGGUACUCAACGCCGUGCAACUGCUUUGGGUAAAUCUCAUCAUGGACACAUUUGCUGCUCUGGCGUUGGCAACGGAUCCCCCGUCUCGAUCUGUUUUGGACAGGAAGCCCGAUCGGAAGUCCGCAUCACUCAUUACUCUUCGCAUGGCGAAGAUGAUCAUUGGACAGGCAAUCUGCCAGUUGGCGAUUACGUUCUGUCUAAAUUUUGGAGGCAGAACUCUCAUGGGCUACGGAACAUCUGAGCACGAGGUGACGAGGCUGAAGACGUUGGUCUUCAAUACCUUCGUGUGGCUACAAAUUUUCAAUGAGGUCAACAAUCGCCGCCUUGACAACAAGAUCAACAUCUUCGAAGGCAUCACACGCAACUGGUUCUUCAUUGGGAUUAAUCUCAUCAUGAUCGGUGGCCAGGUCUUGAUUAUUUUCGUCGGCGGCGAAGCCUUCGAGAUCACACCCCUCAACGGCAAGGAAUGGGGUCUGUCGAUUGGUCUCGGUGCUAUCUCACUACCAUGGGGCGUGCUCAUCCGCAAGUGUCCUGACGAAUGGGUUGCCUCGUGCCUGCCCUGGUUUAUCCGCAAGAGGUGGGCCCCCGAGAGCAUCACGCCGAGCAAGAUGGAAGCUCACAGGCGGAAUACCGUGGAGAUGGAGGAGGGCAUCCGACCACCUCUGCGCACGCUCUCGACACUGCGUGGAGAUCGAGCGAGGCAGAACAUUCGUGGUGGGAGUGGUUUCAGGGCGUAUAUGCAUGAACAAAAGGUCAAGGCGAAGAAGGCUAUGAAGAAGACAGCUGGGGCUGAUUCUGCCAAGACUGUGGAGAGCGCUUCGGAGCAAGGGAAGAGCUGA